UUUUUUUUUCUAUAGAAAGGUGAAGACCAAGGACGACCAAGGGUAAAAUAGUAAAUUUAACCUGGCAAAUACACUCUCUCCAUAAUUCUAGAACACUCCAUCUUCCUCUUUAGCACAAAAUAGACGCAAUAUUUUCAACACAAGAAUCAGUUCUUCCCUUUCUCUUGCUCCAACUCCAACAACAACGAAUUACAGAUAGUUCAACAUGGCGGAAAGAUAUACCAUCAAUAUGAUCACUCCAACUACUAAAAAUUGGACAUGUAAGGUCCAAGUUGUUGAUAAAAGUCGACCAAGGGACAACAAAGAUAAAACCACAAAAUACCAAGUCUUAAUUCUACAAGAUGAAGAGGAGAAUCAAGUUCAGGCCACUAUUUACAGUACUGAUAUAACAUAUUUUGAAAAAGAAUUUGUUCCUUUCAAGACUUACUUGGUAUCUGUUGCACAUGUGAAAGUACCACCUCUUGGAUAUGAAAAUCCACUUAAUAAAUUCAUUUGGACACUCGAUUAAAACACCAUUGUUGAACCAGUUGAAGAGGUCAAACCUCCUCAGGAUCCAUUACCACCACCAACACGACUAGCUCUUACCACAUUUGACACUUUUGUGUAUCAACCCAAAGAAUUUGAAUUUGAUGUACUCGCCAUUGUCAUUAAUGGCAGUCCUUCAACAAAGACUGCAACUGAAAAACGAAUUCAAGAGUUUAUUAUCAUGGACAAGCUGAAAAAACCAACAAAACUGACACUUUGGGAGGAUUUUAUUGAUCAUGAGGGACUUAAACUUUUCAACCAACUUCAUGAUUACCCAAUCAUUCUUGCUAGGAAAAUUGGGAAAUCAUCCUCAGGAACGUCGAAUAGAUUCGUUGGUUUGACGAGCAAAUUCAAUACAACAAUUGAAAUCAAUCCUUCAUAUCCACAUGCAGCUGAGUUAAGGACGUGGAUCAAAACAAUUGAAACAAAGCUUGUUUCUUAUAAGAUGAAAAGUACAACUCCAAUAGGCUCUAUUAUGUUGAUUCCAUUUGAGGAUGAAGUUAUAUUUGUGGCUAACAUCCAGGCACAACCUCCAGGACAAGUAUUUAAUGUUGAGGCUGAAUUGUCCCUUGCAAGUAAGGAUCAACGCUUUAGUGUGUUAGCAUGCUCAAAUUGUAAGCAAUUGUUCACGAGAUAUAACGUGCAAAGGGAAAUAUACUGCACAAAUUGUCACCUAUCCACACAUCUUAUUCCUAGAUGUCAAUUUGAAGUUACUAUUAAGGACAACAACGGUUUUGCAACAGCUAUUGUUUCGGAUGAAAUUGCAGAGAAAAUGUUGCACCUCACUUCAGAAGAAAUUUAUGAAAUUUGCUUCGUCAAGAAAGAAACAUUAUCGCUCCAAAAUGUGGAAGAUGAAUUGAACGGCAAGAUAUUCAACAUUCAAAUAAAAAGGCUAUUCACAAAAAAUUUGGAUGCAACGCAAAAAUUAUCCAUUUUGUCUUACCUGGAAAAACAAGAUGUGAUUCAUAAAUCAAUGGCAUCUACGACAGUCAAUAUUACAGAUGCGAAAAAGCGCACAAUUGAACAUCUUAGUUCAGGGGAAAAGAAUAUCCAAGCAUGGAAAUGAAAAAUCCUCCCAUGAAAAAGAAUUAAAAGGUGAUUUUGAUCAAAGAUGAUCCAGAAAAUCCAAGCAUGAAAGAUGCAUCUGUUUUUUGUCUAAUUUAAAAUAGUAUGUAAAUGCAUGUAAUUAGCACUCCCACAUAAGGAAAUGUUAAACUAUGUAAGUAUCUCACUGAAUAUAUAAUGAACAAAUUUGGCAGCUAUAA